UUUCCAGCCAGUCCAUAUUGAAAACGUGGUGUAGUUUCUGUUUAGGUCUCCUCGGCCUUGCUCCACCUCUGCUUUGGACCAAUCUCUCCACCCCAGCCAAGUGAUAAUAAGAAAAGUUCUUGGGGCUACAAACUUGUCAAAAAAAUACAACUCAUCUUUCAUGGAGGCCAACACAACUGUAUCGUCGUAUUCAGACUAUGCAGACUAUACAGACUAUCCAGAAGAAAUUGUCCCCCCUCUGGUCCACAAUGAUAGUGGACAAACUGAAGGGAUAGCCUCCAAUCAGAUUCCUUCCACAGUACUAUACAGUGUGGUGUUCAUCGUGGGCACACUCGGAAAUGGACUUGUUAUUUUCAUGAUCACAUUCAAGCUUAAGAAAUCAGUGAAUGUUAUAUGGCUCUUAAAUCUAGCUAUUGCUGACUUCUUAUUCACCUUUUUCUUACCUUUCACUAUAAUUUACACGGCAAUGGAUCACCACUGGAUCUUUGGAAGAACUAUGUGUAAGCUGAAUUCAUUUGUUCUUGUGCAGAACAUGUUCACCAGCAUAUUCCUGCUGACAGUAAUCAGCUUGGAUCGCUGUAUAUCUGUUAUAUUUCCAGUUUGGUCCCAAAAUCACCGUUCUGCUAAAAUGGCCAAGGGACUUUCAGCAGCUGCCUGGAUCGUUGCCUUCUUUUUAAGUGCAAUUUCGUUUAUUGUCCGGGAUACAACAUAUAGACAGGAAAAAACAAUUUGCUUCACCAACUUUUCAUUAAUGGGAGAAAAUAAUAGGGCAAAAUUACAGACAGCUUACACUUUAACACGGUUUGCGUUUGGAUAUUUGAUUCCACUUAUAAUCAUUCUAUGCAGCUACAUUAUCAUUGUCUACAGACUGAAGAGAAACAGGAUGGCCAAAUCCAGGAAGCCAUUUAAGAUUAUAUUUUCAAUCAUCACAGCAUUCUUUCUCUGCUGGACACCUUUCCACGUGCUGCACAUUAUGGAAAUUGAAGCUAUUAGGUUUCCAGCUUAUAUAUUCAAAAUUGGUGCCCCUAUUGCAAGUUCCCUAGCCACUGCCAACAGUUGCAUUAAUCCAAUACUGUAUGUCAUUUUGGGACAGGACUUUAAGAAGUUUAAAAUGAGUAUCCUAUCCAGACUUGAUAAUGCAUUAAGCGAGGAUACUACAAACUCCCGCUUAAGCCACAGAACCUUUUCAAGAGUGUCUACAAUGAAUGAGAAAGAAUCAGUCAUGCUAUAAUUUCUAUAUGAUGUGCUACUCUGCUUGUUAUGACAGUUUUCCAAAAUAUAUAUCAUAUUGUCACAAACUGAACAGUGAAUAUUGAGAAACAUUUUACAUCAAUAUAUAAAUCAGCACACAAUUGAACUGGAUAUAUAGUAUGCAAGAAAGUAUACAGAUGGAGUAAGUUUUGUUUUUUAAUUUGGCUCAGAUGUCUUGUCAUGUCCCACUGUGUCUCUGAAAUGAACUGCAUGCCAAUGAGUAGGCUAUCAGAAAUAAAAUAAGUGUGUAAUUAUUAAAUAUACUUUAUACUGCAUGUAAAGAAUUGAUAGAAACAGGCAUCACAGUCCUGCAUUUAUGUGUGUAUAUAUAUAUACACUCGUUUUAAUGCACUUUAUUGUUUUUGAAUU